AUGGAGGAGAUGGAGGAGAUGGAGGAGGUGAUGGAGGAGGUGAUGGAGGAGGAGAUGGAGGAGAUGGAGGAGGUGAUGGAGGGGGUGAUGGAGGAGGUGAUGGAGGAGAUGGAGGAGGUGAUGGAGGAGGUGAUGGAGGAGGAGAUGGAGGAGAUGGAGGAGGUGAUGGAGGGGGUGAUGGAGGAGGUGAUGGAGGAGGAGAUGGAGGAGAUGGAGGAGGUGAUGGAGGAGGUGAUGGAGGAGAUGGAGGAGAUGGAGGAGGUGAUGGAGGAGGUGAUGGAGGAGGAGAUGGAGGAGAUGGAGGAGGUGAUGGAGGAGGAGAUGGAGGAGAUGGAGGAGGUGAUGGAGGGGGUGAUGGAGGAGGUGAUGGAGGAGGAGAUGGAGGAGAUGGAGGAGGUGAUGGAGGAGGUGAUGGAGGAGAUGGAGGAGGUGAUGGAGGAGGUGAUGGAGGAGGAGAUGGAGGAGGUGAUGGAGGGGGUGAUGGAGGAGGUGAUGGAGGAGGAGAUGGAGGAGGUGAUGGAGGAGGUGAUGGACGAGGUGAUGGAGGAGGUGAUGGAGGAGAUGGAGGAGAUGGAGGAGGUGAUGGAGGAGGUGAUGGAGGAGGAGAUGAAGGAGAUGGAGGAGGUGAUGGAGGGGGUGAUGGAGGAGGUGAUGGAGGAGAUGGAGGAGAUGGAGGAGGUGAUGGAGGAGGUGAUGGAGGAGGAGAUGGAGGAGAUGGAGGAGGUGAUGGAGGGGGUGAUGGAGGAGGUGAUGGAGGAGGAGAUGGAGGAGAUGGAGGAGGUGAUGGAGGAGGUGAUGGAGGAGAUGGAGGAGAUGGAGGAGGUGAUGGAGGAGGUGAUGGAGGAGGAGAUGGAGGAGGUGAUGGAGGGGGUGAUGGAGGAGGUGAUGGAGGAGGAGAUGGAGGAGGUGAUGGAGGAGGUGAUGGAAGAGGAGAUGGAGGAGAUGGAGGAGGUGAUGGAGGGGGUGAUGGAGGAGGUGAUGGAGGAGGAGAUGGAGGAGAUGGAGGAGGUGAUGGAGGGGGUGAUGGAGGAGGAGGUGAUGGAGGAGGUGAUGGAGGAGGUGAUGGAAGAGGAGAUGGAGGAGAUGGAGGAGGUGAUGGAGGGGGUGAUGGAGGAGGUGAUGGAGGAGGAGAUGGAGGAGAUGGAGGAGGUGAUGGAGGAGGAGAUGGAGGAGAUGGAGGAGGUGAUGGAGGGGGUGAUGGAGGAGGUGAUGGAGGAGGAGAUGGAGGAGAUGGAGGAGGUGAUGGAGGAGGUGAUGGAGGAGAUGGAGGAGGUGAUGGAGGAGGUGAUGGAGGAGGUGAUGGAGGAGGUGAUGGAGGAGGUGAUGGAGGAGGUGAUGGAGGAGAUGGAGAAGGUGAUGGAGGAGGUGAUGGAGGAGAUGGAGAAGGUGAUGGAGGAGGUGAUGGAGGAGGUGAUGGAGGAGGUGAUGGAGGAGAUGGAGAAGGUGAUGGAGGAGGUGAUGGAGGAGGUGAUGGAGGAGAUGGAGAAGGUGAUGGAGGAGGUGAUGGAGGAGGUGAUGGAGGAGUUGACAACUUUGUGA